AUGCGCCUCUCGUCUUCGAUACUCCUCAUUUCUGCAGCAGUCUUGGUGUGCGGCUCCAGCUCUGGGGCAUCGGAUGUCCAUCAUUCGGCUGGAGCUCGGCCCGAAGCUGAGACUGACAGCGCCAAUCGUGUCAAGCGGCUACCGCAAACGUACGACGCCAUGGAUGACGAAGACCGGGCGUCCACCAUUCUGGCAACAACACUGCUAACUGACUUGGGCAUAAAAGCCAAAGGAACUCUGCUGAGUGAUUUAAGAGGAGCUCGCAAGCAUCAAGUCCUUGUCGAUUACCUUAGCAGCUUAAGAGGUAGAGCGACUGGUCAAGUUCCUGGGCUCGCCGCCAAACCCGCGGCAGAAGAAGGUCCUGUGGUGCUUGAAGGCUUGAAAAGAAACAAGAAGUCAAGACAAGCACGUCAAGUUGCCAGCAAAAGCCCGGUCGAACUGUAUGAGCAAGAGCUGGCCGCAAAGAAGAUUCAGGAGGCCACGGAGAAGGUGGCUAAAGAGAGGGUCGCAAAAAUGAAUUUUUGGAUGUCAGCGGGGUAUUCCCCCGACAAGGUGCUCUCGCUUCUACGGCAGGAUAAGGGUGGGUUCGACGUCCUCAGGGAAUCAGACCUUCUCACUAUGCAGCUUUUCAUCACUAAAUUCAAAACGAAGAAUACGGGAUCGAAGGACACGCUACUACAAGUGUUGUUGAGAGGCUACAAUGACGACGAGUCUAGUCUUGCCAUCGUGCUGUCAUUUGCGAAGGAGGAUCCCGGCGACUCGCUUCUUGCAAGAACGGUUCAAACGCAGCUACUGCAGGGCUGGGUAGAGAAGGAAAAAUCCUUCGAUGAAGUUUACCAACAAAUGAAGAUCGCCACCAACGCCAACCUAGAGAAGGAGAAGAGAUUGUCGUACACCAUUGUCGAUACGAUGAACACAUACAUCGGCUUGCAUAACAAGAAGGCGCUUUCUUCUUGGAAAACCGAGGGACCGACAGAUACUCGUUUCGGCUUGUUCAACAAAAAGGCGCUUUCUCCUUGGAAUGUCGUGGAUGUGUUUACGACUAUACGGGUAACGAUAAACGAUGACCUCCUCCUUGCACUUUGGCUUUCCCAAGCAAAGACAAUGGGCCACAACGUCAACGACCUUGAGAAUGGUUUGUAUUCAGCUUGGCUGUUUAAGAAAAAGACGCCAAGCAGUGUCUUUGAUGAACUCUACCGUCGUCUGGGGGACGACGAGAUGUACCAGAUCGAACAGAUUGUGGCUUCCUACUCUAACGUGUUUUCCAAGUAG